AAUAUUAUGGAAUAAGAGGAUACAACACCAAUAAGUAUCAAUAUUGCAGAAUCUAUUACAUCAAAACAUGUUUCAUAUCUCAUCAAAGGAGAAGAUAAAAUUGGACAAUUUGAAGCUUUACGUCGUUAUAGUGACUUUCAUAUUCUUAGAAUAACUUUAUUAUAAAGAUGGCCAGGAUGCUAUGUUCCUCCAAUUCCAGCAAAAUAAGCUUUGGUAUUAAAUAUAUAUAAUAUUAUAGGGAAAUAAUGAAUAAAAAGUUGUAGAGGAUCGUAAAAGGUUCUUAUAAUAUUUCCUAGAAUAAGUAGCUAAGUUAAGACAUAUAUACUUUUCUGAUGAAUUUUAAACAUUUUUAAGAACUAAGAAUACCGAUAUGGAGAAAGUAAUUCAACUAAUCUAAUAUUUAUAGGCUUUAUAAGGAUUACCAAAAUAAUCUAUAUCAGAAGUGUAUGAAAAAUUUAAGAAAAAUUUCCCUCAUUUAAAUGGAAAAGAAGUGACAUCAGAUCUAAUAUUGAAAGUGUCUAGCUUCUCUACUUAUUUAAGCAAAAGUACUAAACAAUUAGAAAGUCUUAAAGAAUAAGUAAAAUUAUUAGCUGCAGCCAAAAAAUAAUAUACAGAUUAAUUUAGUAUUCAUACUUUUUCAUAUUUUUAGAUGUUAUGACUUAAACAAUUGUACCUGAAUAUGAAAAAAAUAUUCUUAUUGAAUAUGUUAAUCAUAAAACAGAAAAUUUAAUUUUUACAAAUUAGAAUGACGUAAAUGUCACUGCAAGAGAAAUUGUAUAUUUUUUUAUUAUUUCAGAAAGAUUAAAAUGCUUAAACUAAUAAUUAUGAUUAUUUAGUUGAUUUAUUAAGAAUUGAAUGUAGAGAAGUAGAAGCAUUCCAAGAAACAUUGAAAUAAAAAGAAUUUGUUGAUAAUUUGAAAUCUUCAGCAUAAUAAAAAUUAAGAGAUUAAAAUAGUGAAUUAGUUAAAUUAUAGGCUGGAAAAACUACAUUUAAAUCCAUGUUUUCUAAAGGAUCAAAUACUGAAUAAGCAUAAAUUUUAGAAAAAAAAAUAUAAGAUGUAAUUAAUAAUUAUAUAUAUAAUAGACAUAAAAUGAAAUUAAAAUAUUAGAAGAUCUUUGCAUUAUGAUUACAUCCAUUUUAUGCUUUGAUGAAAUUGAUAGAUUCAAAAAGAAUAAAUAAAACAAAUAUUAUGAAAUUUUGAUUAAAGUUAGUCAAUUGGAAUAAUAACUAAAUGAAUUAGUAUUUAUUAUACACAUAAUCAUAGUACAUUAAAUUCUGGUCUCAAGUUUCUAAAGGAACAGAAGCAGAAGUAGUUGUUUGA